AUGGGAUGUUCACAUUCAAGGUUGGAUGAUGAAGAGGCAGUUCAGCUUUGUAGAGACAGAAAGAAGUUCAUCAAACAAGCUGUUGAACAAAGGACUCGAUUCGCCACUGGACACAUAGCAUACAUAGAAUCUCUGAAAAGAGUUUCAGCAGCACUUCGUGAUUACAUUGAAGGUGAUGAGCCUCGGGAGUUCUCAUUGGACACGGUCAUCACCCCACCUUUCACUCCUGUGAAGAAGAAAAAUGGGGCAGGAUUCAUUCCCAUAUCAGCAAAACCCUUUGCAACAAAUGCAGCUAUUGAGUUUGGGAUCGGACCAAACUCUACUUUGAAAGUGAAUUACUUUAGGCCUGGCGGUAACCCAGCAAUUUCAGUUGAGGAAAGGCCUCAAUCCCCGGAAAUGGCCCGUGUUGAGACGUAUUAUUCUCCAAUGCAGCAGUAUGGCAUUGAUGGCUUUUUCAACAUGCAAUCCUCACCAGUGAAUCCCUCAAUUUUUGCCUAUUCUCCCAACAAUAGGCCUAAUAUCCCUCCCCCUUCACCUCAAGCUUCUCAAUGGGAUUUCUUUUGGAACCCCUUUUCAUCAUUGGACAGUUAUGGUUAUCCUGCAAGAAGUAUUGACCAGACUGUAAUGGAUGAUGAAUACAGAGGACUCAGGCAGGUUAGAGAAGAAGAAGGAAUACCAGAACUGGAAGAAGAUGAAACUGAACGUGAAGAUUGUGUUGGAAAGAGAAAUGUAGCAGAAGAGAAAACUAGGCACAAUACAAAUUCUACCAAAGAAGAAGUUAUUGUUGAAGAUGUUGAAGAUGAUGAUGAGGAUGAGGAGGAGGAAGAAGAAGAGGAUGAGGAAGAAGAGGAAGAAACAGACAUUGAAGAUGAAACUGAAACUGAGCAUGAUGCCAAAGAUUGUCAAACUCAAGGAAAUGCAAGUUUUGAAGUAUCAAAAGCUCAAGCUGCUGGACAUAUUGAAUCCAGUCAUAGAGAAAUGACAAUUGGUAAGCAAGAAGCUGUGGAAGAAACACCGGGUUUUACUGUUUAUGUAAACCGAAGGCCAACAAGCAUGGCAGAAGUGAUCAAUGAUCUUGAAACUCAAUUCAAAAUCGUCUGUAAUGCAGCUAAAGAUGUUGCAGCAUUGUUGGAGGCCAAGAAAUCUCAAUAUUUGUUGAUUUCUAAUGAACUUUCAGGAUCAAAGUUGUUGAAUCCAGUAGCUCUUCUGCGAUCUGCCUCUUCACGCUCAUCCUCUUCAAGAUAUUUGGUAAAUUAUUCAAACUCUAGCAAGGAAGGUUGUGAGAGCACUAAGGAUCUCUCAGAGGAACAUUGUAUGUUAUCCGGUAGUCACCACUCCACAUUGGACAGAUUAAAUACGUGGGAGAAGAAACUCUUUGAGGAAGUCAGGUCUGGAGAGCGUGUUCGAAUUGCAUAUGAGAAGAAAUGCAAGCAACUCAGGAACCUUGAUGUAAAAGGAGAGGACCCCUCUUGUGCAGAUAAAGCAAGAGCAGCCAUUAGAGAUCUUGAUACCCAGAUAACAGUUUCAAUACACUCAGUUGAAGCUAUUUCAAGGCGAAUCGAAACUCUAAGGGAUGAAGAGUUAUAUCCCCAACUUCUUGAAUUGGUGCAAGGGCUGGAAAGGAUGUGGAAAGUGAUGGCAGAAUGCCAUCAGACACAGAAGAGAACCUUAGAUGAAGCCAAGAUUCUUCUAGCUGGCACUUACUCUAAAUUACAUGCUAGAAAACAGUCUUCCGUGUCAAUGAUAGAUCCAAACAGGCUAGCACGUUCAGCCUCCAAUCUUGAAUUCGAGUUAAGAAACUGGAGAAUUACCUUUGAGUCAUGGAUCACUUCUCAAAGAUCCUACAUUCGCGCACUAACUGGAUGGCUUCUUCGGUGCAUGAGAUCUGAGCCUGACGUAUCCAAGUUACCAUGCUCUCCUCGUAGGUCUAGUGGCACUCACCCUUUAUUUGGACUCUGUGUUCAGUGGUCAAGACGCCUAGAUGCCAUACAUGAAAAGGCAGUGCUUGAUGGCUUAGACUUUUUUGCAGCUGGGAUGGGGUCCCUCUAUGCACAUCAGUUAAGAGAAGAUUCUAGGAGAAACUCAUUUGGACCAAAACAUAGUAGUGGUAAUAUGGAAAUAGUGGAAGUUGGUGAGGUUGAAGAGGUAAUGGCUCCAGAAAAACUGGCUGAAGUUGCUAUUAAGGUGCUUUGUGCUGGAAUGUCUGUUGCUAUUAGCUCCCUGGCAGAGUUUGCUUUUGAUUCUGCUGAGGGGUACAGUGAAGUUGUUAAGCAAUGGGACAAUGUGAAGUGUCAAAAUACUACUUCUGGCGAGACCAGAACUUAG